UAGUUUUAGACAGAAAAAAGAAAUGUGAAAUAAAACGAGGAUUAGCAGCAUUUUAAAAUGCAGUGACUAGAAAGAGACUAUGGUGUUUUAGUGGGCAGAUUAUUGCAAAGCUCUCUUUUUGGUAUUUUCCUUUUCCUUGGAAAAGGAGGGAGUGGCAUUAUAAAUUGGAGAAGCAAAGUAUAUGGAUUACAUAUUUUAAGCAAAGCAGAUGAGUUACAUAUUCCAUGUCUUUGAUCCCAAUGGAGGCUGGGAACCUUCUGGAGAAGGUAUAAUGCAGCAAUCAAGGUUAGAAGCCUUCUUGGCAAAACUCCUUUGGCAUGAAAAAGAAACACGUCUCACCAGUAUCCAGUUCUACGUGUUUUGCUACAUGACUUUCUGAAGAUAAGGAAAAUGUUAUGUUGGGGGUAUUGGUCUCUGGGCCAGCCAGGCAUCAGCACCAACCUACAAGGACUUGUGACUGAGCCCCAGGUGUGUGGCUUCAUAUCGGACAGCAGUGUCAAGGAGGUGGCCUGUGGAGGGAACCACUCAGUGUUCCUGCUGGAGGAUGGGGAGGUGUAUACAUGUGGUCUAAACACCAAGGGGCAGCUGGGCCACGAACGGGAAGGAAACAAGCCGGAACAAAUUGGAGCUUUGGCAGAUCAGCACAUCAUUCAUGUGGCAUGUGGCGAGUCCCACAGUCUGGCUCUUAGUGACCAGGGCCAGCUGUUUUCUUGGGGUGCAGGGAGUGAUGGUCAGCUAGGACUCAUGACUACUGAGGAUUCUGUGGCAGUGCCCAGGUUAAUACAAAAGCUGAACCAGCAGACCAUAUUACAAGUUUCCUGUGGCAACUGGCAUUGUUUGGCUCUUGCAGCUGAUGGCCAAUUCUUCACAUGGGGAAAGAACAGCCAUGGGCAGUUGGGCCUGGGGAUGGAGUUCCCCUCCCAAGCUAGUCCACAGAGGGUACGGUCUCUGGAGGGGAUCCCACUGGCACAGGUGGCUGCAGGAGGGGCUCACAGCUUUGCCCUCUCUCUCUCAGGAGCUGUGUUUGGCUGGGGGAUGAACAGUGCAGGGCAGCUGGGGCUCAGCGAUGAGAAAGAUCGAGAGUCUCCUUGUCAUGUGAAGCUCUUAAGGACACAAAAAGUCGUCUAUAUUAGUUGUGGAGAGGAACACACAGCAGUCCUCACAAAGAGCGGAGGUGUGUUUACCUUUGGUGCUGGUUCCUGUGGGCAACUUGGACAUGACUCCAUAAAUGAUGAGGUUAAUCCAAGAAGAGUUCUAGAGCUGAUGGGCAGUGAAGUAACUCAGAUUGCUUGUGGCAGACAACACACUCUAGCCUUUGUGCCUUCUUCUGGACUCAUAUAUGCAUUUGGUUGUGGAGCUAGAGGUCAACUAGGAACUGGACACACUUGUAAUAUUAAGUGUCCAUCUCCUGUAAAGGGUUACUGGGCUGCCCAUAGUGGCCAGCUUUCAGCUCGAGCAGAUCGCUUUAAAUAUCAUAUUGUUAAGCAAAUCUUCUCUGGAGGAGACCAAACUUUUGUACUUUGCUCCAAGUAUGAGAAUUCUUCUCCUGCUGUUGACUUCAGGACUGUGAACCAAGCGCAAUAUACCAGUUUAAUAAAUGAUGAAACCUUAGCAGUUUGGAGACAAAAACUCUCAGAACACAACAGUGCAAAUACAAUCAAUGGUGUUGUUCAGAUCUUGUCUUCUGCAGCCUGUUGGAAUGGAAGUUUUCUGGAAAAAAAAAUUGAUGAACAUUUUAAAACAAGUCCCAAAAUUCCCGGGAUUGAUCUGAACUCAACAAGGGUUCUAUUUGAGAAGUUGAUGAACUCUCAGCACUCUGUGAUUCUAGAGCAGAUCUUAAAUAGCUUUGAAAGUUGCCUCAUUCCCCAGUUGUCAAGUUCACCACCAGAUGUUGAAGCAAUGAGAAUCUAUUUAAUCUUACCUGAGUUUCCCCUGCUCCAGGAUUCCAAGUAUUACAUAACAUUGACUAUUCCCUUGGCAAUGGCCAUUCUGAGGCUGGAUACAAACCCUAGCAAAGUAUUAGAUAACUGGUGGUCUCAAGUAUGCCCAAAAUAUUUCAUGAAGCUGGUGAACCUCUAUAAAGGUGCAGUUCUUUACCUGCUGAGAGGAAGAAAGACAUUCUUAAUUCCUGUACUCUUUAACAAGUACAUUACAGCAGCUCUCCGGCUCUUGGAGAAGUUAUAUAAGGUAAAUCUUAAAGUGAAGCAUGUAGAAUAUGAUGCAUUUUACAUUCCUGAGAUUUCCAGUCUCGUAGACAUUCAAGAAGACUACCUCAUGUGGUUUUUGCAUCAAGCAGGGAUGAAGGCUAGAGCAUCUAUCAUACAGGAUGCUGUAACACUUUGUUCCUACCCUUUCAUCUUUGAUGCCCAAGCGAAGACCAAAAUGUUACAGACUGAUGCUGAAUUACAGAUGCAGGUGGCAGUUAAUGGAGCCAAUCUGCAGAAUGUCUUCAUGCUUCUCACGCUGGAGCCUCUGCUGGCCAGAAGCCCCUUCCUGGUCCUUCAUGUCCGCAGGAACAACCUUGUUGGAGAUGCCCUAAGAGAACUGAGUAUUCAUUCUGAUAUUGACUUGAAAAAGCCUCUCAAAGUAAUCUUUGAUGGAGAAGAAGCAGUGGACGCUGGUGGUGUUACAAAGGAAUUCUUUCUUUUGCUGUUAAAAGAACUUCUGAAUCCCAUUUAUGGCAUGUUUACCUACUAUCAAGAUUCAAAUCUCUUAUGGUUUUCAGAUACAUGUUUUGUAGAGCACAACUGGUUUCACUUGAUUGGCAUCACCUGUGGACUAGCUAUCUACAACUCUACUGUGGUGGACCUCCACUUCCCAUUGGCUCUCUACAAGAAAUUACUGAAUGUAAAACCCUGCUUGGAAGAUUUGAAGGAGCUGUCCCCUACGGAAGGAAGGAGUCUUCAAGAGCUUUUAGAUUAUGCUGGUGAAGAUAUUGAGGAGACUUUUUGCCUCAAUUUCACGAUCUGCCGAGAAAGCUACGGAGUAAUUGAACAGAAAAAGCUGAUCCCUGGGGGCGACAAAGUGAUUGUGUGCAGAGAUAACAGGCAGGAAUUUGUGGAUGCUUAUGUGAAUUACAUCUUCCAAAUCUCAGUUCAUGAGUGGUACACAGCCUUCUCCAGUGGCUUCCUAAAGGUGUGUGGUGGCAAAGUCCUGGAGCUCUUCCAGCCUUCAGAACUGAGGGCCAUGAUGGUGGGGAACAGCAACUACAACUGGGAGGAACUAGAGGAGAGUGCCAUCUACAAGGGUGAUUACUCAGCCACACAUCCCACUGUGAAGCUAUUUUGGGAAACAUUCCAUGAGUUUCCACUGGAAAAGAAGAAGAAGUUUCUCUUGUUCCUGACUGGUAGUGACCGGAUUCCCAUCUAUGGCAUGGCUAGCCUGCAGAUUGUCAUCCAGUCCACAGCCUGUGGGGAGGAAUACUUGCCUGUGGCCCACACCUGCUACAACCUUCUUGACCUCCCUAAGUAUAGUAGCAAAGAGAUUCUGAGGGCUAGGCUGACUCAGGCCCUUGACAACUAUGAGGGGUUUAGUUUGGCCUGAGGCUCCCAAUUUGUCUCAGUGUUCCUUCCUUCCUCUGUGGCCACAGUGAGGCCUAUACACAAUAUCAUGGGAAGUGAUUUCUAUUUUUUUAUUGUCUAAGUAAGUUGAGACUUUCAAAUUCUUAACAUGGUCUAUGUGUUUCUGGAGUUGUAAGUAGUGAGCAGCCUUUUUGAAAAAGCAGGGGUUUUAAUGUGGUUAAAGUUGGCUUUAGUAUGGGAGUUGGUUUUGAUUUGUUCUGUUAUUUUCAACUAAAUAACAUGUUCCUUGCACCCAUGAACGUGUUGUACUCUGCUAAAUAAAAUGGCAGUAGAUUUGUAAACUUUCAUUUCUUAUAUCUUUCUCAGUCUUGACGUUUCUUCCCAGUGCCUCCUUGUCCUUUACCUAACUAAGCACUCCUCUAUAAGAAUGAUGUGAUUAAUUUGUCCCUUCCUGUGUUCACAUACAGGACACCUCUUUUUUCUGCAGUUUUGAGAACACCUAGUUUGUUGUACUCACUCUAACUAGGAGGAAAGACUUUCUCCAGCUCUCCCAGUUCUAAGAAGCCUGGUCCAGGCCCAUUACUGUGGCAGAACUCAUAAGAAUUUCUAGGCUUUAUGAACACAUCUUGUUCAAAAGAAAUAGUUCUUGAAGAAAUAGCUACUUCCAUGACUGUGCCCACUUCUUAAGCCUCUUUAAAGAUUUGCAGAGCAGUGUCAAGUUGCUGAUGAGCCUAAUUUUGUCUUAUUCUCAGCCAUAUCCCUUUGACCAUGUAAUGAAUUGACAGGCCUUCUCAGCCUUCUAUCUUGCUUGUAGAGGAAGUUGCAUUAAGUUUUUAGUCUCUAUAUUGCCUAAGAAAUGUAGAAACGAUAAAUUUCUUGUCCUUUUAAAAUUUAUGUCCUCUGCAACUUUCUCUUUUCUCCCUUUUCUUUUUCCCACUUAACUUCCUUCCUUCCCCCCCUUCUCUUCCCCUCUCCCCUCCCUCCCUUCCUUCCUU